AACGUGUUGAUGAAAACAUAACCUAAUAUCAACAUCAACAUCAACAGAAUCAGCAUCUGGGCGAGUUUUGGGUGUUCAUUAGAGUAAAUAAUAUCACAAACGACCUGUGAAAAACAAUAAUCAACGGAAUCAGGGAAAAGAAAGGCAGGAGAAUGUUGGUUACAGCAUCAAUGGCAUCACCGCAAAGUAAACGUGUUUAGCUUUCAUCAUUCAAAAACUCAAUUAACAACAAUAACGGUGGUUGGUGUGAUGAUGAUCCAUAAACAAAUUAGCAUAAUGCCAACAAAUCACAAUAACUUCAUGCCCAUGAAAAAAGUCAGUUUGUUUUGAGCUGGCAUGAUAUCAAUAGGUGAUAGAUCUGGUGUACCUAGUGGCAGCAUACAAAAAUUAUGUUAGUAAAAUGUUUGAGACUGAAAAGAAAAAUCCACACAAGAAAUAUCCUGACGGUAGUGCUCAUAUUGAUAGUGAUGCUAUUCAUAUUCAAGCUUAUAGACAGAGAAUCUGCAGAAAAUGUGAAUAUCAAAGCACAGCAGCUGAGGCUGGACAGCAAUUCCAGCCAAUUUUUAGAGAACAAAUUGAGAGACUAUGAAAGCAGAAUCAUACCAAAUUUAGGGAAUAAUGGAGAGCCGGCAUUUCUGGACGGCAGUGAUGCAAAACUAGGAGAAAAAGCACUGAAAAAAUUUGCAUUGAAUACUGUUCUUAGUGAUAGAAUGCCUUUGGAUAGGAAAUUGAGGGACCCAAGAAAUAAAAAAUGUAGAGAGUUCAAGUACAAUCCAAAACUGAAGACAUCAGUAAUUGUGAUAUUUUAUAAUGAGCUAUUGAGUGUUAUUUUGAGGACAGUUUGGAGUGUUAUUUUACAAACACCCAGUCACUUGUUGGAAGAAAUAAUUUUAGUAGAUGAUGCUAGUACAGAUGAAAACUUGAAAGGUCUGCUGGACCACUACGUCACCACCCGCCUCGCUACCCAAGACAUCCAAGUAGUCCGCCUACCCAAGCGCCUUGGCCUGAUAAGGGCCCGAUUGCAGGGCGCCCGCCUGGCCAAGGGCGAUGUCCUCAUAUUCCUCGACGCUCAUUGCGAGGCCACCGUCGAUUGGGCCGAGCCCUUACUGGCCAGGAUCGAGGAAGAUAGGACGGCCGUCUUGGUGCCCAUCAUCGAUGUCAUAGAGGCCACCAAUUUGGCCUAUUCCACGAACGGUGACAGCAGCUACCAAGUGGGGGGUUUCUCGUGGGCCGGCCACUUCACGUGGAUCGACAUUCAGGACGAGAAGGACAAACGCACUUUGACACCGGUCAAAUCCCCUACGAUGGCCGGCGGGCUGUUCGCCAUCGAACGGAACUUCUUCUGGGACAUCGGCUCCUACGAUGAACAGAUGGACGGAUGGGGAGGCGAAAAUCUCGAAAUGUCCUUCAGGAUAUGGCAGUGCGGGGGCAGAUUGGAGACGGUUCCAUGUUCCCGAGUAGGCCAUAUUUUUCGAGAUUUUCAUCCGUAUUCCUUUCCCGACAAUAAAGACACUCAUGGCAUCAACACUGCUCGUUUGGCGCAUGUCUGGAUGGACGAUUAUAAGCGGUUCUUCUUCAGGCACCAGCCGGCCCUGGAAAAUAACCCGAUCGUGGGCGAUUUGACGCACAGGAAACAGUUGAGGCAGAAACUCAAGUGUAAAUCUUUCAAAUGGUACUUGGACAACGUGUACCCCGAAAAAUUCAUCCCCGACGAGAGAGUUUUCGCGUUCGGCCAGGUCCGCACCGAGUUCGACAUGUGCCUGGACGAUUUGCAGCUGGCCGAGGACAAGGUGGGCCCCCUGGGCCUUUACCAGUGCCACCCCUACGUCGCCAUGUCGCAGUACUUCUCCGUCAGCCAUAGGGGGGAGCUGCGCAACGAGAAUUUCUGCGCAGAGGUGUUUCAAGAACGCGACGUACAACUGACCGAGUGCCACGGGCACAAAAGGGAACAAUACUGGGUGUUGUACAAGAACGGGACGCUGUACAACCCCAGCACGAAGAAGUGCCUGUCGGGGGAUGGGGUAGAUAACGGCAGGGGCGUUAAGGUCGAGCAUUGCAGGAACAGCGUGUACCAGAGGUGGAGGUUCGACGAAGUCAACGAUACAGCUGUGAUCGUCUGAAUUCUUUGUGGGUUUUUCUAUUAUUUUUUACUCUGAAGAGUUUCCCCGUCUAACAAUAUUCAGGAAUGAGAAUUCCCGAACAGCACUAGAGUUCCUGAAUGUACUUGACACUGCUGUUUGUUGUAUAUAGGUCGCGUGCACGAUGACCGACCCUGGAGGCAAAAUAUUGGAAUACAACCUCACUCUUCUGUGAAUUAUUGAAACACAACCUCACUUUUUUAUUUGGUUACAGAGGAAUCAAAGGAUUGAAAUAGUUUUUCACAAUAUUUUGGCAUACGAAUCGUGUUUUUUUGCGCUAUUCAUUAAUUCAAGCAUGCCUUCGCAUUGUGCUGUUGUACAAGGCACAAAAAAUGCAGCGAGAGACGAAGGAAUAUGAUUUUUCAGGUAAAUAGUAAUCUCACAUAGUUAUCAUUAUGAAAUGUGUUGUCAUUCCUUAUUAAAAUUCCUUCUGCCUUCUGCCACUUCUGCAAUACAAGCUAAUACUGCUAAUUGAUUGAAAAUGUCUACAACACACACGAUCGUCAGCAUGUCA